AGGGCUGCGCGCUCCCUGCUGGGUGCCAUGGCCUCGCGGCUCCUGCACCGGCUGCGGCACGCCCUGGCCAGCGACGGCCCCGGGGAGGCGGCGGCGGCGGCGGGCCCCGAGGCCGAGCCGUUCCCCGAGAGCUCCGAGCUGGAGGACGACGACGCCGAGGGCCUGUCCUCCCGCCUCAGCGGCACCCUCAGCUUCACCAGCGCCGAGGACGACGACGACUGCGACGACGACGACGACGACAACGACGGCGAAGCCAGCCCCGACUCGCUGAGCCCCGGGGACGCGGCGUCGGGAGAGGACGCAGAACGGAGCCCCCCACCUGAUGGGCAGCGGGGCGGUCAGCUCCUGGCCCGGCAGCUGCAAGACUUCUGGAAGAAGUCCCGCAAUACCCUGGUACCCCAGAGGCUGCUCUUCGAGGUGACCAACGCUAAUGUGGUCAAGGACCCUCCCUCCAAGUACGUGCUCUACACCCUCGCCGUGAUGGGCCCAGGGCAGUCAGAUGGCCAGCCAGCCCAGAUAUCUCGCCGCUACUCAGACUUUGAGCGACUGAAUCGAAACCUACAGCGCCAGUUUCGGGGCCCCAUGGCUGCCAUCUCCUUUCCCCGAAAGCGCCUGCGCCGGAAUUUUACGGCAGAGACCAUUGCCCGCCGUAGCAGGGCCUUUGAGCAGUUUUUAGGCCACCUGCAGGCAGUGCCUGAGUUACGCCAUGCCCCAGACCUGCAAGACUUCUUUGUGCUGCCUGAGCUGCGGCGGGCACAGAGCCUCACCUGUACUGGCCUCUAUCGGGAGGCUCUGGCUCUCUGGGCCAAUGCCUGGCAGCUGCAGGCCCAACUGGAUACCCCCUUUGGUCCAGACCGCCCCCUGUUGACCCUGGCUGGGCUGGCUGUGUGCCACCAGGAGCUGGAGAACCCUGCAGAGGCUCGGACAUUCUGUGAGAAGGCCUUGCAGCUGCUGGGGGACAAGACACCCCAUCCUUUCCUAGCACCGUUUCUAGAGGCCCAUAUCCGGCUCUCUUGGCGCCUGGGCCUGGACAAACGCCAGUCAGAGGCCCAGCUUCAAGCCCUGCAGGAGGCAGGCCUCACCCCUACACCACCCCCCAGCCUCAAGGAAUUGCUCAUCAAGGAGGUGCUGGACUAAUCCUUGUUAGUUUCACUGCAGGGUGAGAGGCUGCUCCAGAAUCAAGAGAAUCAAGGGAGGGGAUAUUGGUGAAGACACAGGGAGCAGCUAAGGAGGGUGCACAAAGUGCUCGGGAGCUCCUCAAGCUUUUACAAAGAGAAUUUGCAGCAAACAAGUAAAUUUUCUUCUUUUGAGCUGUGCUCAGAAUGAGCUUUAGGAAGAGCUGCCCUGAUGGUGUGAGGAAGAAGUCUGACAAAAGCUUCUUCAGCCCAGGGCUCCAGCCCUGGUCAAGUCGGACCAGUGUUUCCUCAUCCAUGGGCCUCCA